GAUCAUAAAAACAAAAAAAAAAUAAAAUUAUAACCGAGCAGAAGUUCGAGAUAGCUAAUGGAAAAUUUGUCGUAGUUCAUUUUAGCGGCAGGAAAAGCAAAAGUCAUCAGUAAAAUUUCAUCAGAAGUGGAAAACGGUUAUUGUAAGUUUUGUAAGAAGAAAGAACAAAAUUAAGUUUGUUUUCCCGGCUGAAAAAGACGUACAUCCAGUUGCAAUAGAUGAUAUUGUGGCCGGUCUGAAAAAUGCGGAAGAAAGAAGUUACCAGUACUUUUUCAACGUCGAAGAAAAUUUAGAUUAGUGUAGCAACCUUUCAUACCAAGAGCUUGUUUUUGUGAUUACCUAUUUCUGGUUUUAUUUUCUAAAACGAAAUCUGUACCUAUAAAUAAGUAAUGGGGACAGUGUAAAAGGAGAGGCAAGAUUUCUUAAGAAAAUUGUCUUUGGUAAACUCUCAGUAGUAACUACUACAAACUAGUACAUUUUAUCCUUCCUCCAAGUUACUGUGUAAAGAUUUAAUGACGAUGGCCGGAGAUGAUCCAACUCCUUGAAAUGUAACAAUUAUUGAAGAUAAAUGAAUAUUCAUAAAGGUAUUUUUCGCGGCAUAAACCAACAUGAACGUUUAUGCCGCGAAAAAUACCUUAUCAAAGAAAUCUUCAAUGAAGAAGUGGCUGUACCCUAGUUAAAGCUAAGACCAACGUAACACUCAAUAUGUGAAGAAAAAAUGUUUGACAGAUGGUGACAGUUGCAUAAUGGGUUGCCUGCUUUGGUAAAUGUAACCGUUUUGUUUUAAGGAGGAAGGUGUUCAUUUUUGUUUUUCUUUAUUUAACUUUUUUGAAGGCCUUUAAUUAAUUUAAGAACUAAAUGUAGUGUAGUAUUAUAUGUAUUUCUAAGGGUAAAAUACCUAUCAUCUAUAUUUCUUCUCUAAAUUGGUCCUUCCUUUUAACUUUAUCUUAACAAUAUGGCAUUUGAAAGAAGUCACACUUAUGAAGCUUUAAAUCGAAUUGGAAGAGGAGCAUAUGGGACUGUAUACAGAGCUAAGGAUAAAAAAACUGGUAAUGAUGUAGCUCUGAAGAAAGUUUGGGUACCCCUUACAGAGGAUGGCAUUCCCAUGAAUACUUUGAGAGAAAUUUCUUUACUACGACAACUUAAUGCCUUGGACCACCCCAAUAUUGUGAGACUGUUGGAUGUCUGUCAUGGCCAACAGGUGGAAAAGGAACUCAUAAUGUAUCUGGUAUUUGAACAUGUCGAACAAGAUCUUGCUACAUACAUCGAAAGAAAUCCGAAAGGUUUCAGUGCUAUACAUAUUAGAAACUUAUCUAAAGAAAUAAUUAACGGUGUUGAUUUUCUACACAGCAACAGAGUUGUCCACAGAGAUUUGAAGCCACAAAAUCUGCUAGUGACUCAUGAUGGGCAUAUUAAAUUGGCAGAUUUUGGGUUAGCGAAAACAUAUGACUUUGACAUGAAAUUGACAUCUGUAGUAGUUACUUUAUGGUACAGGGCACCAGAAGUGUUAUUGGGUUUACCCUAUGCAACGCCAGUGGAUAUUUGGUCCAUAGGCUGUAUUAUUGUUGAACUGUAUAGUUUAAAAGCUCUGUUCUGUGGUACUACAGAAGGGGACCAACUAAGCAAAAUUUUCAGAAUCAUUGGUAAACCGCUUGAGGAAGAAUGGCCCGAAGAAAAUGUAUCUAUCAAAUGGAACUCAUUUGAUGUUAUUAAUCAAGUUAGAAUUGAUCAAAUAUGUCCAUUUAUUUGUGAAACUGCUUAUAGUUUAAUAAUGAGCAUGUUAACUUUCAAUCCCAAGAAACGAAUUACUGCAUUGGAAGCUUUAAAUCAUACAUUCUUCACUGAAGAACCGUUAAAUACAUAAUCAUCUAUUUAUAUAAAACAUUUUAUUUUUAUAUACCUACUUAUUUAAGCCGCAUUUAUAAUUUUAAUAAUUAAAGACGUUAAUAUUUUUAUAA